ACAGGGGGCAGCAACACGCAGCCGCGACCGUCCAGCUGCUGCGACCCGAGAGAAGAAGAGAAGCCGGAAGCUGAGCCGCAGCGUCCACAUGUGGACUGUGAUCGUUCACAUGUAGAAGAAUAAAAACUACACUUACACAAGAGGAACCGCAGAGACAUGAGAAGCAGACUCGUGCUUUAGUCAGCGAAAGUGGGAAGAUGCUGAGUGACUCGGAGGCUGCGGAGCUGCUCUCCUUCCUGAGCCCCGACACUCGUCCCGAUGUCAAAGGUCACACCACAGAGUACAUCCUGGGACUGUCAGGAGACAGGGAUGGCUGCCGCUUCCUCCGCUCUAAACCUGAUUUACUUGUUGCUCUCUUUGCGUUGACCUCUGACCCUUCUAUUGCCAUAGCGAAGGACUGUUACCACAUCUUCAUCAACCUGUCGGCAGAUGAGACUCUGCACAAGGUUUUGGUGGAAGAUGUUAAAGUUCUUCCGGUGUUAUUAAAGAACCUUCUGGAUCCAGAGUACUGGUUCUCGGAUCAGAUCUGCAAGAUCCUGUCCAACCUGACCCGUCAUGAGAAGACCUGCAAGACUCUGUUCACGGUCCUGCAGGAGGAAGUUGGUCUGACUAAACUGGUGGAGAUCUUCUGCACUGAAGGUUACAACAAGAAGGCAAAUCUCCACUACCUGGGUCCUCUGCUGUCCAACCUGACACAGCUGCCUGAGACCAGAAACUACAUCCUGGACAAGGACAGGUGUGUAUUCCAGAGGUUGUUGCCCUUCACUCAGCACCAGACGUCAGUGAUUAGAAGAGGAGGAGUCAUAGGAACUCUGCGCAACUGUUGCUUUGACCAUGGCCGUCAUGAGUGGUUGCUGAGUGAUGCUGUGGACAUCCUGCCCUUCCUCCUGCUGCCGCUGGCCGGUCCAGAGGAGCUGUCAGAGGAAGACAAUGAAGGUUUACCUGUGGACCUGCAGUAUCUGCCAGAGGACAAGAAAAGAGACGAAGACCCUGACAUCAGAAAGAUGCUGCUGGAAACACUGUUACUGCUGACAGCAACCAAAGAUGGUCGACAAACACUAAAAGAAAAGAACGUUUAUCCGAUCAUGAGAGAGUAUCACAGGUGGGAGAAGGAUGUUCACAUCGCAGCAACUGCUGAAAAGCUGAUCCAGGUGCUGAUAGGUGACGAGCCGGAGACGGGGAUGGAGAAUCUGAUGGAGGUGGAGAUUCCUGAGGACGUGGAGGAGAAACUGAAGAAGGCCUACAUCCAAGAACAGCAGGAGCUGGAGGAGGAGCAGAAGAGACAAGAGGAGAGGGAGAAAGAGGAGGAGGAGAAAAACAGGAGCAAUGAUGCAGAGACAGACAGAGAACAGGAGAGUGGACUGAUAAGAUAAAAACAGUUUUUACAUUUCUGCCGUUGAAGCGACUUCAUGUCAUUCAGAAUAAGAGCUCCGAUCGUUACAGCUUUAUUCAGACGUGACGAGACGUUUACAGAAAGAAACAGGAUCCAUCAUCUGCUCCACAGAAGAAAAGCUGAGUCACAAAGUAACUGUAAGGAUCGGUAAUACGUUCACAUUGGUUAUGACACGAAAGGAAGAAAAUGUUUUUGUUCAGUUAGAAGCUGCAUCAGUGAUGAAUUUUAAAACAUAAUUUACUACAAACCUUAAUUAAUGACCACAGAGACUAUUUCAUUAUGUCUGACAGCGAAGUUUUGUUAAAUCUGGAGCAUAAGGUUUUAUUUUUUUCUCUUCUGACAACACAAAGAACAAAUUAUGAUUUUGUAGCCUGAUCUGAUCUGAGGGGAACUGGUUCAUUCGGUGUUUAUUAAAGUUAUUUUAUCUUCUUUGCC